CUGUACGAAUGAACGUAGACAAAUGGCGGCUGUGUAGGUCAGUGGAGAGUCUGUCGUCGUUGCAAUACACCCAAAAGGCUAUCAUAAGUCCCCAUUUUUGGAUCAAAGAAAAGUCUCGUUAAUUUAAGAAGCUCGCCGGCGAUCAAAAACGGCCGUUUGGCUCAUGUAUUCGACAAUUGCCUACUUUGUUGAAGAUGCAGAAUGUGGUACAGAAUUCUGCUUCUGAAAGUGUAGGGAACUGCGUGAAACAGCACGAGGUCGGGCAUCGUGCAUUGGCCAACCCAGCAGCAGCUACAGCCCCUGCGACGUCCGCUGCCAGUGCAAAGCCGAGCAAGCCUAGCAAAGGCAAUUCCGUCCCGAAGAGCAAUCACAUCGCGGGCAGAAGCAACAACCACCCAACAUCAACUCAUCAUCAUCAUCAACCUCCACCACCCAAUCUGAAUCACAAGACUGUUACUGUGACAGACCUAGCCAACUCUUGUUCAACAGCCCUAGCUACUGAGAUAGCUAUCCAACAAGUCAAGCAGAGUCGGUCAUACCAACAGCAAUUUAUGCCUGACUCUUCUGACAGUGACAGUGACGACGUCCUUUCGGUGGAAUCUUUUUUUGUGGAGGAGUCGGAAGUGGAGGGCUGUGCGGACGACUGCCGAUGCCCCUCGUCUUCGGCCUCGUCGCUGGACGCGCCGCGAUUCCUUCUAGCCGCCGCUGCUGCCGCUCAACACGACGGACACAGCAUUGGCGAACUACCCCGCAUCGAUCCAGACACUCAGGCCAGGAUUGAAGCUCUCCUCGAGGCUGCAGGAAUUGGAAAACUGACUGGAGGAGACAGCAAACGGCUCGGCGAUCAAGAAGUUCUCAGUCGGUUAACAUCCAGUGUAUCGUGUGCACUGGACGAGGCCGCCGCUGCACUAACCCGCAUGCGAUCCGAAAACUCUAGCAAUUUCCAUCAAGAAGCCCGGUCGUUAGUGGAAGCCUGCACUGACGGCGACGUCUCAGCCGUACGGCGUUUGCUAGACGAAGGACGUAGUGUACACGAAACCACGGAGGAAGGCGAGUCAUUGCUUUCGCUGGCCUGUUCGGCCGGCUACUACGAAUUGGCGCAGGUGUUGCUUGCCAUGCGGGCCAACGUAGAAGAUCGUGGCGUCAAGGGCGACUGUACGCCACUGAUGGAGGCGGCGUCGGCUGGUAACGCGGAUAUUGUCCGCCUGCUGUUGGAACACGGCGCCGAAGUCAACGCCCAGUCGUCAUCGGGCAACACGCCGUUAAUGUACGCCUGCGCUGGUGGCCACGAAGAGGUAGUUACCCUCCUACUGGAAGCCAACGCUAACGUGGAGGACCAUAAUGAGAAUGGCCAUACCCCGCUGAUGGAAGCUGCCUCCGCCGGUCACGUUGGCGUGGCCAAGAUCCUUUUGAACCACGGCGCCGGCAUCAACACCCACUCGAACGAGUUCAAAGAGUCUGCCCUGACGCUGGCCUGUUACAAGGGUCACUUAGAGAUGGUCCGUUUCCUCCUAGAAGCUGGUGCCGAUCAGGAGCACAAGACCGACGAGAUGCACACAGCUCUCAUGGAAGCCUCGAUGGAUGGCCAUGUCGAAGUUGCCCGGCUCCUUCUUGAUUCGGGAGCCCAAGUCAACAUGCCGGCCGACAGUUUCGAGUCACCUCUUACAUUGGCCGCUUGCGGUGGUCACGUCGAACUAGCCAUGCUCCUCCUGGAACGUGGAGCCAACAUCGAAGAAGUCAACGAUGAAGGUUACACGCCUCUGAUGGAGGCAGCCCGUGAGGGUCACGAGGAGAUGGUAGCGUUGCUACUUAGUCAGGGUGCCGACAUCAACGCACAGACUGAGGAGACGCAAGAGACGGCCUUGACUCUUGCAUGUUGCGGAGGUUUCUCAGAAGUGGCCGAUUUCCUCAUCAAGGCCGGUGCUGAUAUCGAACUGGGGGCGUCGACGCCGCUCAUGGAAGCAGCGCAAGAGGGCCACCUUGAUCUGGUCCGCUACCUUCUAGAGGCUGGCGCCAAUGUUCACGCUCAAACGGGAACAGGGGAUACCGCUCUGACGUACGCUUGCGAAAACGGACAUACGGAUGUGGCGGAAUUGCUUUUGCAAUACGGCGCCGAUUUGGAGCACGCGUCUGAGGGAGGUCGUACACCUCUGAUGAAAGCUGCAAGAGCCGGUCAUCUCUGCACCGUCCAGUUCCUGAUUGCGAAAGGAGCUGAUGUUCACAGGCAAACCACCAACAAUGAUCAUACCCCGCUUUCCUUGGCUUGUGCGGGUGGCCAUUUGGCAGUCGUAGAGCUAUUGCUCCUCCAUGGAGCCAACCCAUUUCAUCGUUUAAAAGACAACUCGACUAUGAUCAUAGAAGCGGCCAAAAGCGGACACACUCAGGUGGUGCAGUUGCUGCUUGACUACCCCAGUUCCAUCCUGGUGACACCCGAGCAAGCCCAGAUACCACCGGGCAUCAACUCAAGUGGCCAAAUGGUCCCUGUCGCUUCAGAGGAUUCGAUCGUCCCGUCACCGGCAGUAGUCACGGAUUCAGUUCCUACGGCGGCACCUCGAGUCCCACCCGUUGGAGGAGUGGCCGCUACGGUUCCCACCGCGGCGCUUGGAGGACGACCGGAACCGCAGGGAGCAGCCGCUGCCUUAACCAGCCUUCUUCCACCCAAUACCUCGUUGCCGGCAAUCCCAACACCUCUCGCUGGGUCGUCCAGUUCAAGUCCGAGUGCUGGCGGGAGCCAUUCAAUCUCUACCCUGGCGGCGGCAGCCCAAAAGAUGCUGACGAAAAAACCGCUUGAAACAACCUCCUCCUCGUCAGCCGGCGCCUCUGGAACGGAUCAACAACUCUCCUCCUCAGCGGCGGCCAAGAAUGCCGCGACACCUUCAUGCGAGCAUGCCUCAGUGUCCGCCACCGUCACGUCUGCGACCAGCGUUUCAUCGGACAGCAAACUCUUGCCGGUCCGUUUUCCUCUGUCAGCCGAGGGACUUUCGUUUGAGAAAUCGCAACUCGUGGAAGAGUUGGAGAAGAUUGAACGGGAAUUGCGUGAUAGAGCCCAGUGGUCGUCGUCACAAGCCAGUAGCACGUCGGGGUCUCAGUCGAGUCAUAGUACGGCUCUCAGCCCGGCAACCGCCGCCGCUUUGACGCACAUGCUCAACAUGGAAGUUGAAUUGAACCGGCCCGGUGGUGGCGGCAUUGGAGGGGGGACCCUUGUCGGUCUCACAACACCGACACCCGUCAAUUUGGAAGAUAUUGUCAAACUCCUUGAAGAACUCCCACCUCUAGAGUUUGAAUCCACCCGACCAUCGCCCGCUCCACCUGCCCCUACGCCCAACCAGAUCGCGCCUUCCUCGUCAGUUCCUUCGGUCCUUCCACCACCGGCGCAACAACAGCCAAGAGAGAGCGUCAUAGUCACGAACCCCAACGUUGUCAGUAGCAGCAGUUCAGCGCCCAGCACAAACGCCUCCAAUGCUGUGACGCCUGCCGCCAUCAUCUCACCGGCAUCUCUACCCCCAGCCGAAAGACCCAAAGCCAAAGCCGUCAAGAAAGAGAAUAAGAUCCUCAAGAAGCAGCAACAACAGCAGCAACAACAACUGCCGCCUCUACAACAACAACAGCAGCAAGCAUCCCAAAUCCAACAAGCGCAUCAGCAACACUGGCAAGUCCCGACUAACGCUGUCCAACAACAGCAGCAACAACAAUGUCAGCAACUUCAGCAAUUGCAGCAACUCCAACAACUACAGCAGUUGCAACAAUUGAAUCAACAUCUGCAGCAGCAGGUGAUGCAACAGAGGCAUUUGAAGCAGCAAAAUCAGGCCACUCUGGCUGCUUUGCAACAGAACGCCCUGCAAAACCAGGCGCAGUUGGCUGCGCUUCAGCAAAAUGUGGCGCAGCUUCAGCAAUUGGAGCAACAAGUUUUGGCACCAGCCUACACUGCUGGUGCGGCCCAAGGUCCAUCGGCAGCAGCAGCCACUGCUCAGUUUCAACAGUGUGUUCAGCAGAUCCUCCAGCAGAAACAGCAGCUUCAACAGCAAAUCCGUCAGUUUCAGCUUCAGGUUGAACAACAGCUGGCCUUCCCUCAACAGCAAAUUCCUCCGUUGGCUGCUGCUGGAAGUGGGAACGUGCAGACAACCACCGUCAGCCGAGUUGAAAGGAAUAACCUCGACGUUGACGCGGAAUCAGCCGUUGCAAAGAUUCCACCAUACAAUAGCGACGAAGUCAACGGCGAGGAAGUGAAAUCUCCAACCAGAGCUGAGAAACGCCCCAUUGAUAAUUCUUCGAGCGAAGAUUCAUCCAGUAGUUCAACGACUGGAGGCCUGCAAGUCACUGGGGCGCCAGUGCCCCUCUUUGCGACUCAGGAUGUUUCCGUAGCUGCGGCUAACAUCGGCAUACAGGUUCAGAGUACUGCGUUACCCAACGGAUCAACGGCUCAAUGCGUCACCGGAAUCACCUUUCAACCUCUUUCGGGGACCAAUGUCUCUAUACCCUGUUCCGCCUAUUCGGGUUCGAAUGCUCAGAUUGGAAAUGGAUCACCUUCAACCACCUUAAUUCAUUAUCAACAGCUACAGUCUGGAUCGACGACUACUGUACAAGCGGGCGCCGUUUCAGCUUCCGGCCUGCAAGUGGUAACGUCCCAGACGCCAAGUUUGGCAAUCCACCAGCAAAUUCGGUUGCAAUCUUUACAAUUACCGUCGGGUCAAUCUCCCAUCGAGCCUAUAGUCUCAGCCAACGCCACUUCCGUCACUGCGCCAGUCACUUUGGACGCGAAAUGGACUGGAUUCAAUAUGGGAACAUUCACUGUCCCUCACCCACCGGCAACUACCAGCGACCAACAACAGCAAUCUCAGAUUGCCGGGGGUUCAACUCCCGUCUCAGUUCAGAUGGCUAGCUCCUCCACGGACAAGAAGACAAAAUCUGGCAAGAAAUCUAAAGUGUCUUCAGUUCCAACGCAACAGCAGGUGUACUCUGCUCCCAUCACCGAUGCAAGUGGUUUAGCCGUUGGAGGAAUCGGACUAACGGGCGUCAAUGGAGCUGUUCAAACUGGACAGGCGACGUUUGAUCCUGAUUUUGGAGAUUACCCUGACUACAAUCCCGACUACUCUUCUUUCCUACCUGGUGUUGUACCGGCUGGAGCGGCGUCUGCCUCUUCAGGAUCCAUGGCAGCCUCAACUCCUUCGUCUCACUAUCCCAGCAUGCCUGCAGGUGCUGCUGGAGUAUCGUCUGGCAGUUGUCUUCCAGUCGCCCCCGCAACGCCAUCUGGAGCGUCAGUGGUGCCGGGAGGAGCGCCAGUUCCUGGCGCAGCAUCAACCAGCCAAUACAGUCAACCUUUAUUACCUAUGCUGGACUUGGAUUCUGAGACGGACUCGAAUCACGAUACCGCCCUGACACUGGCAUGCACCGGUGGCCACGAGGAGCUGGUUGAACUGCUUCUUUCCAGGAAUGCCAAUAUUGAACACCGUGACAAGAAAGGAUUCACUCCACUCAUAUUGGCCGCCACAGCCGGACACGAGAAGGUGGUCGAAGUGCUGCUUAAUCACGGCGCUAACAUUGAAGCCCAAUCGGAACGAACAAAAGAUACGGCUCUCUCGUUAGCUUGUUCAGGUGGACGCUACGAGGUGGUUGAGCUGCUCCUGAAUCGUGGCUCCAACAAAGAACAUCGUAACGUUUCGGAUUACACACCUCUCUCGUUGGCUGCUUCAGGCGGCUACGUCAACAUCAUCCGGCUACUUUUGGCCCACGCUGCAGAGAUUAAUUCGCGCACUGGGUCGAAGCUGGGCAUCUCUCCGUUGAUGCUAGCGGCCAUGAACGGCCAUGUAGCCGCCGUCAAGACGUUACUGGAGAUGGGCAGCGACAUCAAUGCUCAGAUUGAGACGAACAGGAACACCGCUUUGACUCUGGCCUGCUUCCAGGGAAGGCACGAAGUCGUCCAAUUACUCCUCGAGAAGAAAGCCAAUGUAGAACACAGAGCCAAGACUGGACUCACGCCUUUGAUGGAAGCGGCCAGCGGCGGCUACGUUGAAGUUGGUCGAGUGCUCCUCGAUUACGGUGCGGAUGUCAAUGCGCCUCCCGUACCUUCUUCCCGAGACACAGCCCUUACGAUUGCAUCCGAUAAAGGCCAUGUCGAUUUUGUUGAACUCUUGUUGCAGCGCGGUGCGCAGGCGGAUGUCAAAAACAAGAAAGGCAAUUCUCCUCUGUGGCUAGCGGCAAAUGGCGGCCAUCUCGAAGUCGUGGAACUUCUCUACAAAGCCAAAGCAGACAUUGAUUCCCAGGACAAUCGCAAAGUUUCCUGUUUGAUGGCAGCGUUCCGCAAGGGCCAUGUCAAAGUCGUGAAGUGGAUGGUUAAGCGGGUGACUCAAUUCCCGUCUGACCAGGAAAUGACGCGAUUCAUUUCAACGGCUGUCGACAAGGAUCUGCUCAAGAAGUGUCAUCAUUGUAUGGAGGUUAUCCGAGCUGCCAAAGACCACCAGGCGGCAGAGGCAAACAAGAACGCGGCCAAUCUCUUAGACGAACUCGAUAUGGAAAAGAUUCGAGAAGAUUUGAAGAGGGCCGCUGCUGCUCGCAAACGGGAAAAGAAGAAGCGAAAGAAGCAAGAAAAGAAACAGGAGAAGCGCCGUGCCGAGAGCGACGACCUCGAUAACGACUCACAGGAGAACGGCAAUGACAACGACGACGAGAAAGAUGGCGAAGGAGAUGAUGCCAUGAGUGACACGGGAGAUAUUCCCGACUUUGUCGAACCACCUCCAACCAACAACAACAAGGAAGCAGAUGAGAAACAGUCUUCCAAAACCAAGAAGAGCAAGAAGAGCGCCAAGAUAGCCGCGCCAGAAUCUGCUACCACCAACACAGUGGAAGAUAUCGUCGUUGAAGUCCCAACCAAAAGAAAGGAUAAAGAGGUGGAGCCUGAGAUUCAACAGCCCACCAAAAAGUCGUCUCCUCCUCCCCUGGUCACUACCAGCUCCUCUGAGGAUCCGGCUCAACUCUUGAACCGAACCAGUAAACGGAAGAAGGAGAAUGUGAUACUGGAGACGUUGAUUAUCACGACUGAGAAAGUGGCCAAAGCUCCUGCUUCCGCGCCGGUUCAACAGCAGCGAAACGGCGCCGAGCUGGACACGCUCAAAGAAGUGAACAAUCUACCUUCAUCUCUUAAAUCUUUGUCUCCUACCUCCUUGACGAGUCCUAAACGGCCCGUAAAGAGAGAAGAAGGCUGGAAGGAGGUUGUACGUCGUGGACCAGUCAGCAGUCGAGAAAAUUCGAGUUCUAACUUGGGUUCUACUGCGGCCGGAGGGAAGAAAAGUCAAUCGAGUGACCGUUCGUCGGGCACCUUGUCUGUUAUCCAAAGCUCUGAGCGAUCAAAGAAGGUUACUGUGCCAUCGAACGCUAUUAGUCGUGUCAUUGGUCGAGCCGGAUGCAACAUCAACGCCAUCCGAGAGAUUUCCGGCGCCCACAUUGAAAUUGAGAAACAGGGCAAAGGUCAGGGUGACCGCACUGUUUUGAUCAAAGGCCUGGCAGAAUCCAUCCGUCAGGCACAGCAACUCAUCAGCGCCUUGAUCAAAGAGCCCGAGAAGGAGUUUAAUGAACUAAUGGCUAAGUUCCGGGCCGCCAAUGCAGCCGCCAAAGUAGGAGCCUCAGCUACGAGCGCCGGAGUGAAACCGGGAACUGCAGCAACGACAUCGGUUGCUGCCUCCCAGCCGAAAGUAACUCGAGCCGCUACGACCAUUGCUUCCAGUAAGCCCACCACAACAGCGCCCGUUUCCGGCCAGCCUGCUCCUGUUCCAAGUACUGUAGCCUGGGGAGCUAUCAACACUUUGAUUGUUGCUGCGUCGUCUCCAAAGCGAACGGUUCCGGCAUCAGGAUCGAAGACUCCGCCCGUCACAGCUGGUCCUUUACUCGUCCAACAGCCUCAACAACAGUUGUUGGCUCAACAGCAGAAGAGUGGAGCAGUUCGUCAACUGUUUCCCGAAGUUAAUCCAGCCAUAGCCGUUCCUGUGGCGAAGAAAGUCGUUUCUCAAACUUCUACAGCUCCCGCAUCCGCAGCAGUGGUGAAGCCAGUCGUGUCGUACAGCGUGGCCGGCAACGCCACAGUAGUUCCGACCACCAGUGGUGCAGCUUCUACGCGCACUACUCCGGUCGUUUCGGGUCAAUUUCCAGCUCCGACAAAAGUAUCUCCGCAGCAAGUGGCUCCUCAGGCGCCUUCUAAGCCGUCUGAUAAAACUUCUCCGCUCAUGCCUGCCUCUUCAGUAACCAGUCAUCAACAGCAAGUUCCAACUCAACAACAGCAACAGCCGGCCACCUCGCAAGCGCAACAUGGUCCAGUCUGCAGCAGCCAGGCACAGCAAAUGCCUAGUUCGUGUUCGGUUUCAAUUUCCACUUCAAACAGCUUGGUUUCAUCGAGACCCAGUUCUGCUAGCCCAGUUCAAGACUACUCACCGUUUAACAACCUUUUCAGCAAAGUUGCCCAGCAGAGUAUGUGGUACAAAGAGCAGCAGCAGGGUUCCAAAUCGUCUUCGAAGAAUUUUGCUAGCGUGGCGGCUUCCGGAGUCAGUCCGAUACCGUCCAAGUCCACCCCUACAUCAUUGGCCAGCUCUCUUUCCGGCCAUCAAGGAGACUCCGGGCCGUCGCUCCAUGUUGUGGAUGCAGCCAAAGCGCCAGGCUACCGAGGAAAUUUGACGGCUACAAGCCAGUCGCAGAACGACAUGUCGACUAUGGACUUGCCAACUUCGUUGGCGUCCAGCGCUCCUGGAACCCCGAUUCCGAGUUCAUGUGCUGCUAUGCGAGCCCCAGUUGGCAGUCGCCAUCACCCUUUAACACCCCCGCCACGUAUGGGGACGCCUCCCCUCUUUAACCCGACUCCGAUUCAACCUCUAGGUCCUGUCGGAGCUCGAAACAUGCAGUCUAAUCAAACAUCGGGAGGCCCCCCAGACUCGAUCAUGAUGCCUCCACCUCCAGCUGCUUCGCUGGCUCCCGGUGGUCCAUCGGCCACUGUUCGGAUGCGGCCCAACUCGACGGCAAAUCGGAUGCAGCACGAACCGCCGCAGCAACAGCAGCAGCCUCAGUACGAUGGAAUGCCCAUGACCAACUUCUACGGAAUUAGCAGGCCGUCUGGACCGAUGGGCGGCGGUGGAGGAGAUUCCAUGCGACAGGCACCGUCAUUCCCCCUAGCUCCAGGAAUGGGCGGACCCCCGAGGUAUAACAACACUUCAUUAUCAACCUCGUUCUCGGCGUCGGCGAAACUCAAUCCCAACGCUCCGGAUUUCGCAACCAGCAGGGGAGGAGGCGGAGGAGGACCUCAGCAGCAAGGCUAUCCGGUGCCCAUGUUUGGUGGUGGCAAUCGAAUCUCGUUCCCUCCAGCUGGCUAUGGUCUCGGCUCGGCUAACGGGGGUGACAUGAAACAGCACCAGCACAUGCCAAACCAGAACUUUGGAACGGACUAUCCGCCACCCAUUGGAACACCUUUUGGGUCAUCCGCCAAUGAACUUCAUCGUAUGAUGGGUUACCCAGGACCUGGAGUAGCCAACCGGAUGUCUGGACCGCCUCCCUCCACCCAAACGAGCGGUGGUUUAUUAGACGGCAAUUCUGGGCAGAAUCACGACGCCUACGGUGCUUCCGGUGGGCCUCCGCAACACCAACAGCAUCAACACUCCCAGCACCGCUCGAUGCAAGACGAUCAGCGAAAGAUGCUGAGACCCGAGUUGAGGCCCAUCGGCACCGAGCGGGCAAUGACUCGUCGGACACCCGGACCACCUCACGGAGCUGGCGGAGUCGGUUUCUCACCGGCUGACCUCGGCUUGUGGGGAUACCACGGCGCUCCAGGAGCCGACAUGGGUGCUGGUGGCGCAGGUCCCAUGGUCCCACCUCUUUCCGCAAUGAACCCAUCGACUUUGCCUCCUGGCCUCAGUCCCAACGACUGGAUGGCUAUUUCAGGACUUCACGGACCCAACGUUUCUGUUCCGGCACCGAAUUCAAACGAUGACGGAGGCCUGUCUUACCUGCAGCAGAAACAGGGCAUGACUCACCAUCAUCAUCAGCAGCACCAUCACCAUCACGCUCUUUUGCAGCGCCAGAUGGAUGGAAUGUCAGAAGGAAAUGAAUCUCUCGGAAUGGAAUUUUCGGCUCAAACUUCAGUCGGAAUGAACGGUGGUCCCAACUCUAAUGCGCCGUACCACCAACACCCAGGAGCCGCUUUCAUGAAUGGUAUGCCUCCACCUGGUAUGCCGGGCGGACCAAUGGGAGCACCCAUGUUCCCAGGUGGACCUGGGGAGCAGCACGGAGGUAAUGACACCAUGAACGGUAUGUGGAUCGGACCUGGCUCCAACAUGAAGGGCAAAGGGAGCGGGCCGUCGCCCAACUCUAUAGUGGGCGACCAGCAACUCUCUGACGCUGGCAUGGUUUGGUUGAAAUGGAGCCAGCAAUAAAGACAAGAUAAA